AUUUUUAGCCGUCAGACCCCGACAACUAGAGGACCGUCCACCGCUGCCGUGUCUUUAGGGCCUGCUUUCCUCGGUCGGGUUUGGUCUUUGUUUUAACCGCAUUACUCACGGGAUAAAAGGCGAAAGAGAAGAAAAAGAGGUGACAACGUCGCCUGUGCAGAUAUCUUAAGGUGCUAGUUUGAUCCAGCCUGAGGGUGUGUUGCCAUGGCGAUGCGGGAGUUAGUGGAGGCGGAAUGUGGGGGAGCCAAUCCCCUCAUGAAACUGACUGGUCACAUGACCCAAGAGGGCGGGGCUUGGAGACAUCGAUCAACGCCCACUAUUCCUCCUACUCCCAUUGAAAUAGCCACUGAAGAAGAGCUGGUCAGUGAGUUUCUGCAGGGUCCACAACGGCCUCCUCAUAGUUUUGAUAUGGGUCAACUGCUGGAGGAGAUGCAACAGAUUGAUCAGCAGAACUACAGACAGGCUCCACAGAGAGCUCCCGAUGUGGCAGCUCUGGCUCUGUCUGGCGACUGGGCAUCAGAGUUUCUGUCUACUGCUGAUGCCGCCUCUUCUUCUGGACAGGCAGCUCUUGAUCCAGCCGAUGCCGACUGGACCAGAGAAUUUAUCAAUGAAGUGGCAGAUCCGGGCCGCUGGGCAGAGGAGUACCUGGAGCAGUCAGAGGAGAAGCUAUGGCUGGGAGAUUUGGGAGAAAGAGAACAGGACAAAGAAUGGGCUCAAGAAUACCAGUCAGGUGAAGAACUACGUCAAACCGCAAAUGAACUUGUUGCCAAAGUGGACGAUCCUAAACUACAGAACACAGAGGUUUCGGCAGAAUCGGCGGAGUCUUGGGUCGAUGAAUUCGCCACCUACGGGCCAGACUUCCAGCAGGCCAAAGCAGCGGUCGAGAGCGAUGUUGAUUUCUGGGAGAAGCUCCAACAGGAGUGGGAGGAAAUGGCCAAGAGGGAUGCUGAAGCUCACCCCUGGCUCUCAGACUUCGACCAGAUGCUCAGCAGCUCUUACGACAAGGGAUAUCAGUUUGAGGAAGACAACCCCUACCUGUCCCAUGAGGAUCCGUUUGCAGAAGGGGUGAAGCGGAUGGAGGCGGGAGACAUUCCUGGAGCUGUGCGCCUUUUCGAGAGCGCCGUUCAGAGACAGCCAGACAACCAGCUGGCCUGGCAAUAUCUGGGCACCUGCCAGGCGGAGAACGAGCAGGAGUUUGCUGCGAUCAGCGCCCUCCGGAGAUGUAUAGAGCUAAAAAAGGACAAUCUGACGGCUCUAAUGGCUCUUGCUGUGAGCUUCACCAACGAGUCGCUUCACAGACAGGCCUGCGAGACGCUCCGGGACUGGUUGAGGCACAACCCCAAAUACAGAAUCAUCCUGGAGCAGCAUGAGCGAGAGAAGCAGAGGGAGGGGGCGAGGGAGAGAGAGAAAGAGAGUGAAAGAUUUGGAUCCCUUCUGCCAGAAGCACUGUUUGGUGAAGUGCAGACGUUGUUUCUGAAUGCAGCGGCGGCUGAGCCCUCGCAGGUGGACCCGGAGCUGCAGUGUGGUCUGGGUGUUCUCUUUAAUCUGAGUGGAGAGUAUGACAAGGCUGUGGACUGUUUCUCUGCCGCACUCUCUGUCACACCACAGGAUUAUCUGCUGUGGAAUAAACUGGGAGCGACUCUAGCUAACGGGAACCGCUCAGAGGAGGCGGUCGCUGCUUAUAGACGUGCGCUGGAGUUACAGCCUGGAUUUGUACGCAGCCGAUACAACCUGGGCAUCAGCUGUGUCAACCUGGGGGCACACAGGGAGGCAGUGGAGCACUUCCUGGAGGCGCUUUCUCUGCAGCGACAGGCCGCAGGUGAUGGAGAGGCCGGUGCUGGACGAGGGCCUGGUGCUGCAGCCACCAUCAUGUCGGACAACAUCUGGUCCACACUACGCAUGGCACUGAGCAUGAUGGGAGAAAGCUCACUCUAUUCCGCCGCCGACAGGCGAGAUUUGGACACACUGCUGACACACUUCUCCCACAGAGAAGGAGAGGCGGAAUGAAGGACGAUAUGGUGCGAGUGUGGAGACGCCUGUUUGGGAGAGGAAACCAGAAGACUGAGGUGUACAUUUCAACAAGAGGGGCUUGACUUUUAGAGGCGCUACAGUAGACGGAGAACAAACAGCCAUUUAGCUCCAGCACUGAAGAAUAAACUGAUAAACUGCCCUUGAGGGAAAACCUAUGGUACAGUUUAACUACACCACAAUAUUGCUGCAUUUCUGUCACAAGUUUACGCUUACAGUUGUAAUUUUUGCAUUAAUCUUGAAGAUUACGGUUCUUUCCAUUGAUCAGAUUUACAGCGAUAUUUCUCAUAAAGGGAAAAUAUGAUCCACGCACUGUGAGCUCAAAUGAUACUUGCUUCUGUUUGAAACAGAGACGAAGGAUGUGGAGAUAUAAUUGUUCUAUAUCACUACGAGCCCCGUGUAAUCCGCAAGUUAUGUUGGCUGAGUGGAGGAAGAGUUGUGAGACUAAUAGACGUGUCUGUAAGCACUCUUUAUUAUCACAUAUUUGCUGUAAAUUAAUUUGCUUAAUUGUAAAUUCUACUUGCCAUAUUGUGUAGUGUACCAUAAUUAUUAAUGUUUUGCAUAUAGCCAAUUCAAGUUGCUCUGAUAUAUGUAAUUCAAGCAAUAAAGCUUUGACAAAAA